GGCUCGUUCAAGCUGGGAGCUGCUCGCGUUCUUCACGGAUGGCAGAUGCAGUGCUUAGGCCCCGCCCACCAGGACAACGCCAACAUGAACGGCACGGCCGAGCAGGCCGACAUCCUGCCGCCCAACUGCAUGGUCAAGGACAGGUGGAAAGUGCUAAAGAAGAUCGGCGGUGGCGGUUUUGGCGAGAUCUAUGAGGCACUGGACCUGCUGACCCGGGAGAACGUGGCGCUCAAGGUGGAGUCGGCCCAGCAGCCCAAACAGGUCCUCAAGAUGGAGGUGGCUGUGCUCAAGAAGCUGCAGGGUAAAAACCACGUGUGCAAGUUCAUCGGCUGCGGCAGAAACGACAAAUUCAACUACGUGGUGAUGCAGCUUCAGGGUCGCAACCUGGCCGACCUGCGGCGUAGUCAGCCUCGAGGGACCUUCACCAUGAGCACCACGCUGCGGCUGGGGAAGCAGAUCCUGGAGUCCAUCGAGGCCAUCCACUCGGUCGGAUUCUUGCACCGAGACAUCAAGCCUUCCAACUUCGCCAUGGGUCGCCUGCCCUCCACGUACAGGAAGUGCUACAUGCUGGACUUCGGCCUAGCCCGCCAGUACACCAACACCACCGGCGAGGUCCGGCCGCCGAGGACGGUGGCGGGAUUCCGAGGGACGGUGCGCUACGCUUCGGUCAACGCCCACAAAAACAAGGAGAUGGGUCGCCACGACGACCUGUGGUCGCUUUUCUACAUGUUGGUGGAGUUCGCUGUGGGUCAGUUGCCUUGGAGAAAAAUCAAAGACAAGGAGCAAGUGGGUCAAAUCAAAGAGCGAUACGACCACCGCAUGUUGCUCAAACACAUGCCAUCCGAGUUCAACGUCUUCCUGGACCACGUCCUCGCCCUGGACUACUACACCAAGCCCGACUACCAGCUGCUGAUGUCGGUGUUCGAAAACAGCAUGAAGGAGCGAAUCAUCACAGAGAACGAGCCUUUCGACUGGGAGAAAGCGGGAAGCGAGGUCGCUUUGUCCGGCGGCGGUGGCGGGGGCGCCUCCACGCAACCGCAGCACAACACGCGGCCUACCGCCGCCAUGAUCGGGGCGGCGGUGACGCCGGCGCCCGGAGAGCCUCAGCGGGAGAACACCGACGACGUCCUCCAGGACGAACACCUGAGCGAGCAGGAGAACGCUCCGCCCCCGCCCGCGGUUCCGCACGAGCCCGGUGAUGCUUGGGAGGACACUGACUUCAACCGCAACAGACUCAGGAUCAGCUUGAACAAGGUGCGCACGGAAGAGGAGGCGGGGCACGCCGCCUGCCCGCUGUCGCCGGGUCGCGUUGGCGUUCCUGAUUCGCCCACCGGUCAGGGGCGGUCCUUGCGACAUCGCCGGGUCAACAGUCCUGAGUCGGAACGUUUGUCUGCCGCUGAGGGACGCGUCGACGCUUACGGACAAAGGUCUCGUGUGGACGUGCCGGGCUCCCCUUCGCGUCACGUGUACUCGUCGCAGCCGGCGCAGAUGUUGUCGGUGGACCCCGGUUGCCGCGGGGACCGGCAGGCCAGCGGCAGACAGGAAGUGUCGGCGGCAUCAGCAGACCAGGAAGCACACAGCAACGCCUUCAUCCGCUCCGUGCCGCUGGCUGAGGAAGAGGACUUUGACAGCAAGGAGUGGGUGAUCAUCGACAAGGAGACGGAGCUUCGAGACUUUCACCCCACGACUUCGGGCACCACCGACGACGAGCCCGAGGAGCUCCGCCCCCUCGACGAGCACGACGAGCGCAGGAAAGUCCGGACGGCGGGAGGCGCGGAGCUGGUGGUGCGCCCCAAGACGCACAUUAGUCGCGACGGCAGCCGCGGAAUGCUAACCCUGACGGAAGAGGAGGAGUCACGAAGGAGCGUCGGCGGGAGCCCCUCCCACUCUCCGUGUCACUCGCUGCCGGCGGGACGUCCUCGGCGCAGAGAGUCGGAACCUAACGGACCGCAGCGGCCGGCGGCCUCGCCAGGCGCCCCCUCACCGCCGUCGCCCGACUACCGCACAAAAAGCGACGGCGACGAGCGCGAACGCUUCCACAUCCUGCCCAAGCUGCAGGCCAAGCGCGGGGACUUCCUGACGGUGAUGCUGACGGGAAGCCUGGCGCAGCGGCGCACUUUGGCCGCCUCCGAGGAAGAGGAGAACGGUGGCGACGGCCCCCGGGACGACGACGUGACCAAGAGCCGCUCAGACAGUCCCAAGAGCUCAGAGGAAGCCGCCCCCUCCACGCUGAUGGCCGCCAGGGAGCAGGCUUCCGAGGCCGACCCGGAGGACGCCUCCAAGACCCUGGUCCUCUUCUCCCCCGGGGACGCUCGCAAGUCACCCUCCGCCUUGGAGGGUGAGCCCCCCGCGCCCGGUGGACCCCGCCUCCGUCCGGGAGAGACCUCAGAAACGGGUCGGGCGUCCCCGGCUCUCCGGGCCCCGUCGUCGCCCCCCUUUACCAAAGUGGAGCGCACCUUCGUCCACAUCGCCGAAACGUCCCACCUCAACGUCAUGUCUUCCGACGGGGAGACGGAGCGGGGCGUCCCGGCCCCGGAGCGACGCCGAGUCGGGGAAGCCACUCGGAGCCGAGCGGCCCACAAGAUCAGGAGCCGGAUUCCCGUCCCCGUCUCGGAAGGCGACUCGGAGCCCUCCUCCUCUUCCGUGCGGAGGCGCUUGACCCGACUUCGGUCCGGGACCUCGUCUUCGCUGUCCUCGGGAGACGGCGAGCGUCGAGGGGCUUGGGAAAACACCGGCACCGCCGGCUCGGAGGAGGACGCGCGUGCCUCCAAGAGGAGUCGGAUCCCCAGGCCAGUGACUCCGCUGAAAAGACCGAGUCCGGCGCUUCCUUCUCCUCUGGCCUUUUCGCCGGCAUCCCCCGCUACCAGGAACACGAAAGUUCAUCAAAGGUCCGCCCCGCCCGGCCGCGCAUCCGGCCGUCCCCGUCCGUCCGCCGCCCCCGUCCGGCCCCUCCCGGGAUGUCGCCGCAGCCUUAGCCUGGCGGUCCCCCGCAGGACCGACAGCCCGUCGCCUCGUCGGGCGGCGGCGCUGUCCGUCCGAGCGCCGACCGUUCCCGUCCUGCCCCCCAGGAAGCCGGCGGCCCUGCGACGCAGCGCCUCGCAGGAGCCCGCCGCCCCCGUCGGGUCUUCCCGUUCCAAAGCGGCGGCGAAGGCCAACGCCGGGGAGAAGGCUAGAUAA